AUGUUAGACUGUCUGAGUGCUGAUGCUUGCUUGUAUUUGGCCAGCGUCUUGACGCUGCUUCGUGCUGUAGGAUGCCUGUGUGCAGUAGAUGCCAACCAAGAUUUGAUUGUGGCCGGGACACCUUUGGGUGCUCAUUUGCAGGUGCUUGCAACAUGCCUGGCCUUGGCCGGUGUUCCCACACUCAUCAUGGCCAACGUUGGCAUGCACAGACAUGUCGGCUUUUAUGUUAGAUUCUUCACAUAUUAUCUCGUCGGAUGCGUGAUCUUUGACGCAUUCAUCGCUCUCAUGCUGCCGAUGGGCAGCAACAUGUGCUCCGCCUUGGCAGAUCCGUACGUCCUGCAAGCAGGGCGUAUCUUUGUUUGCAGCUUCAUCAAUGCUACCUAUGCAUUUUGGGCAAUCGUCUUCAUUUUGUUCGAAGUUCAGCUUGUGCGAAAGGUGCACGAGCAGGCUCUGAUCAUAGAAGAGGGCGAAUUUGCGCAAUUGCUUCGCUAUGGGAAACAGCCAGCCGACUUCAAGGCUAUCGAAGCCAGAUGA